GCGCUCAAAGAAAAAGGCACACAAUGAGAACAGACAAUAAAUCAAAAUAAAGGAUUGCGAACUACUGAAAUCUACGGAUUUCCAGGACUAAUUUUUUUUUUUAAAGGACAAAGAAGACAAAAUAAACAUUUUCUGGACAAAUCUGGGAUAUCUUGGAAAUUGCUUAAGCAAUGAAAGCUGAUUUGGAAAAGAACAGCGAACGGCUAUUUUAGGUAGGAAAUAAAAGAGUCUACUAAACCUAAACCAGCUCUUCGAUCUUUGUACUUUUACUGGAUAUCUGAACAUUCCUGUCUCAUUUGGCACAACAGGAGUACAAAAUACCUCUAAGAAAUUUUUUUUUAGUACAGUGUGAUAGUGAAUCUAUCUACCAACUUCAGCUGAACGCUUGGUUAUCAUAAAUCGUCUCUCAGUCCGUCAGUUGUAUAGUGGAAAAACAUUAGUAAGAUGUGUGACAUGUUGGACAUCCCGCGUGCUCGCUCAGACAGCACAUCCAGCACCGCAUCGCAGUCUACUUCAGGACGACUGAUACUGCGCCAGCGGAUCGCCCAGCUGCUCACCUGUUUGGAAGAUCUCAGCUCAGACGAUGAGGCAAAUGAGGAAGUGUCCCGGACGCUGGACGAAGCCUUUCAUCUCUGUGGAAAAUACAUCAACAGAGAGUCAUUCAGGCUGCACAUGGUCACAUGGAAUGUCGGCACAGCGGAGCCGCCAGCUGAUGUGAGGUCAUUACUGCAGCUCGACUCGAACCCGUCCACUGACCUCUAUGUGAUUGGGCUGCAGGAAGUGAAUGCCGCUCCAGUAAAAUAUAUCACUGAUCUCGUCAAUGAAGACUCGUGGUGUCAUCUACUCAUGGACACAUUAGCACCAAAUGGUUACGUCAAGGUGACAUCAAUGAGGAUGCAAGGUUUGCUGUUACUAUUGUUUGCAAAGCAGAUCCACCUUCCCUUCAUCAGAGACAUUCAAGGCACAUACACCCGCACAGGGCUGUUUGGAUACUGGGGUAAUAAAGGUGCGGUGUCUGUGCGUUUCUCUUUCUACGGUCACAUGCUGUGUUUUAUGAACUGUCACUUGGCGGCUCAUAUGAACUACGCUCUGCAACGCUUGGAUGAGUUUGAAUACAUACUGGACACACAAGAUUUUGACAUUUACAACACGCCCCAUGUGCUUGACCACAAGGUGGUUUUCUGGUUUGGUGAUCUGAACUUUCGUAUUGCUGACCACGGCAUGCACUUUGUUCGCUCCUCGAUCAACAACGGCCGCUUUAACCUGCUGUGGGGAAAAGAUCAGUUGACCAUGAUGAAAAAGAAUGAACCUAUUCUUCAAGAGUUUGAAGAAGGACCUUUGUGCUUCAAACCAACAUAUAAAUUUGACCGCUUUUCGGAGACCUACGAUACAAGAGCGCCGAAGACGUGGUUUGGCUUUACUGGGAAGAAGCGGAAACCGGCCUGGACAGAUCGGAUCUUAUGGCGAAUAAAGCCCAAAUCAGGUGAGAGUGAUGAUGAGAGCAGAUCAACAGCUGAUGAUGAUGAUGAUGAUGAUGAAUACACAGUUAAGGUGAUUCAGGAUAUGUACACCUGUGAUGUCUCAUAUGGGGUCAGUGACCACAAACCAGUCAUUGGGACCUUCCGCAUGGAGAUGAGAAAAAAAGUGGACACACCUCUGGUCACCCUGACCGCAGAGGGAAUCUGGAGUGCAGAUGAAGACGCCACGCUCACCUACACCAUCCUGGAAACCUUUGAAGCCUCAACAUGCGACUGGAUUGGACUUUACAAGAUCGGCUUCAGAAGUGCCUCCGAUUACAUCACUUUCGCCUGGGUCAAAGAUGAUGAAGUGGCUGCCAAUGGCGAAGUCGUGACGGUCACUGUUAGUAAAGAUGAGCUCCCCCUGCUGGCAGGGGACUACGUGCUUGGCUACUACAGCAGCAACAUGCAAACACUUAUUGCCUUAAGUCCGACUUUCCAGAUUCUCGAGUCCAUACGAGCUGUGAUGGACGGUCUGAUUCCUGAAAACAUCAAUGGAUAUGAGAAAUAACUGAAAACAUAUGUUGCCCUUUCGGACAUAUGCUCACAGUAUUACGAGACAUCUGGUUUUAAAACCUGUAACUGAUUCAGAAACAGCUUUAAUCUCAGGGUUAAAAUGAUUCAAAUGCCAGUUUAGUCAGUGAAAACCCUGAUAUGUCUUCUCAACUGUUCUCAAGUCAUUAAGGUAAAUCUGUAGCUCAUAUUAUUGGUACAUACUGUACAGUAUUAAACCAUACUUUUAGAAUUUAUAAUACAAAUAGUUAUAAAAAUGCACUUGCCACUAGAUGGCAAUAAAGAAAUUACAUAGUGAAUAACUGAGGAGCUCAGAUGCAAAAGAGAUGAAAUUAAACGAAUGCUCACGACACGUAUUAUACAUUUAUCAAAUAUUUUCGCUCCAAAUCUGCUUAAUCCCAUACUCAGGCCAUUCAGAAAUACCGGUGUGUUGUCAGAGUCUAAUAAAAAUGCUAAUUUACAAAAAAACAUGUCAGAUACACUUUUGCAUCCGAGCUUUUGUAUUGUAUAGUGUUUCUUUCUAUAAUAAUGGGCUUUAUUCUAAGGCUGUAAUGCUGGUUAUGAAUAAAGAGGGGCUGUAGGAAAAUCCAAUAAUGCUAUAUAAUACAUUCAUAUAUAUUAUAAUAUACUAAUAAAUUAGAAGUACAGUUUAUCAUUUUGAUGGUUAAAUACAUUUCUGAAUAAUAAAUUCAACUUUUAUAAAAUUGCUUAAAUGCAUUCUUUUUUAAUACCAUACCUCAAUCCAUGAGUUUUAUAGUUUAACAAGCCAUGAUUUCAGCUUUUUCUGGUAAUUGUUAUAUUUAGUGUAACUGCAACUAUUUGAUUUAUAAAUUAUGUCACAUUGUAA